AUGGCUUUCAAAGACUUUUUAAACUUCUCCGGCUUCUCCGAUGACUUCAAGGCCAGAAACUACUCUGUGUACGGCCAAUGGACCGGUAUCAUCUCGAUUUUCGUGUGUAUCGGUCUUGGUAUCGCCAACCUCUUCCACGUCAGUGUGGUCAUAGUCUUUGGCAUUAUCUGUAUCGUUCAAGGUCUUAUCCUUGUGUUUGUUGAAAUUCCAUUCAUGUUGAAGUGCUGCCCGAUGUCGGAUAACUUUGUCAACGCAAUCACAAAGUUCGAACAGAACUGGUGGAGAGUGGGGUUCUACGUGGUUAUGGCCUUGGUCCAGUGGUUAAGUUUAACCGUCAUGGUUACCAGCUUGAUCUGUCCUGCGAUUAUUUUAACCUUUGGUGCUGUUUUCUACGCCAUUGCUGCCUUGAAACAUCAGGAGUUUGUCAAGAGUUCCAUGGUCAACAACGGUGGUAAGGUUGUCGACAACCAAGAGUUCAUCAGACAAGUGUUGUAA